CUGUCACGCUCGUCAGCGCUGAUUGGUCGGCCGGUUCGGCUACUAUUGGCUAAAACAGUACCACGUGCUUUGUUCGAGCCAAUCAGCGCUCGGAUCGUCGCUUAGUACUGAAGAGAGGAACAAGAGGGAGAGCGGUGAAAGAUGGCGAGUGGACAGCUGUCGAGGGCGGAGGCGCUGGCGUCCUCAGGCUACAGGCAUGCGUGUCACGUGAUGCUCUACUGUGACACGAAAAGUGAGCUGUUUGGGAGGUUUCCCUUCAGACACAUCAUACUGAUGCAGAUGCGCUUUGACGGACUGCUGGGUUUCCCUGGCGGGCUCGUUGACCAAUCGAAGGAGACGCUGGAGGCGGGGCUCAGCAGGGAAUUGUCCGAGGAGCUGGGCCUGGCUAUACCUGUGACUGAAGAAGAUCUCGUGGAGUCUUGCUUCGCUCCCGCUUCCCCCUUCCAACGCAGCCCCAACCUCAUCCUCCACUUCUACGUGAAGAAGAUAGAGGAGGAGCUCGUUAACGAGGUGGAAAGAGUGGCCGCGUCCACCGCCGCCGACCACGGACAGGAGGUCCUGGGGAUGGUCAGAGUCCCGCUCUACACCAUGAGGAACGGGGGAGGCCUCUCCCACUUCCUGUCCCACUCCUUCAUCGGCAACGCCCGCUCCCAGCUGGUCCGGUCCCUGCUGCGCCUCGACAUGGUCCCCGCCGCCGAGCUGCACAAAGCCCUCGCCGCGUCCCUGAAGACGCAGGCGCAGAGCAGGGACGGCCUGCGCGAGGCCCUGGCCCUGACGGAGGCGCACAAGCUUUAAAAAACGCACGGCGCGUUGUCGCAUCGCAGCCCUUUUCCUACACACUUAAUCCUACACACACACACAUGCACACGCGCGCCUUCAUGCUGAUUCUGAGCUGGUGACUCAUAAUUGCAUACUGUGCAUCAGGCAGUUUGGGGCAAAACAUUAUCAGCUCCCUUACCAGUGAACGGAAAUAAAGAUGCUUACGCUGUCCAUCACAUCCGAGCCUUUUCUGUCAUUUGUGAGAGGGAAGAGCGGCCGUGAUGGAAAUCAAACCCAAAAAAAAAAAUAAAUAAACUCUUCGUUUUAUUGUUA